AACAAUUAUCAGAUUGACAUAUAAAUCCUGUGAUUAUUUUCUUGAUAGUUACAUUUUCUGAUAUUCUCUAAACAGUAAGUCAGAAAUCAUGUAUUUUGCGAGUUUAGUGGCUAUUUUAGCGAUAUGUUGCGGACUUUUCUACACUGUGGAUACUAAUAUACUGAAGAGAGAUUGUGAUAUCACCGACUUUUCUCAAGUACCAGACGUAGUGAGUAGAUGUACCAAUAUAAGAGUAUGGAAAAUGGAUGUUCCUGCUGGCGAGACUUUGAAUCUGAAACUACAAACAGGAACUACAUUAUAUUUCAAGGAUAUCGUUAAAUUUGGGGUAGCUAACUGGGACGGUCCUCUAGUUAAUAUUGAAGGAAAUGAUUUGAGAAUAUAUGGAGCUGCAGGUAUCGGAUUCUCCGGACAAGGAGAAGAAUAUUGGGACGGAAAAGGUAGUCAAGGGUCUAAAAAACCACUCUUUUUGAAAAUCAACGUACAGGGAGGUGAAUUCUAUGUCUUGAAUUUUGUGAAUUGUCCAGAACGUUGUACCUCCAUUACUGGAUCGGACAUCCUCAUCAAUGGCUGGACUAUUAAUACUUCUGAUGGAGACAAAGAUAACCUUGGCGUUGACACUGUCGGUUUUGAGGUGUCUGGUGAUAACAUCACCAUCAGAAACUCGCUAGUAUUCAAUCAGGAUGACUGUAUUAGGGUGGAGCGUGGUUCGAAUAUGUUAAUCAGUAACAAUUAUUGCAAUGGAGGUAACGGUCUAAACGUAGAAGUGGGGGCUGAUCCUGAAGCAUAUGAAGAAAAUGUGGUAUCCAAUAUCACGUUCGAUUAUGGUGUUAUUGAAAACUCAACUUACGGUAUCCAUGUUAAAACAGUUAAAGGAAGUGGACCUGGUUUAUUACAAAACAUCUCCUUCAGCAGCAUCAAUAUGAUUGGAAUCAAAAAUUACUCAAUAAGAAUACACCAAGAUUAUCCUGCUGAUGACAACAAACCUGAAGGAAAUGUACCUAUCAGAGUCUUGAAUUUGAAAUAUGUGACCGGUAAUAUGAGUGGAAGUUCGGCUGUACCAGUUGAUGUUGUGUGUGCUUCCGGAGCGUGCUCUGAUUGGACGUGGUCUAACAUAUCUAUAAAAGGAAAUAGCACGCCUUGUUCCAUGAACUAUGAACCUUCUGGGUUCUUUUGUUGAAUCAAAUUUGACAAAAUUUUCUAUAAAAGUAACUGAGAAAAUCAUUAUCGUUUUCAAUACAUGAAUAAAAGUUGUAGCGCUGUCUUUUCACGCUUUAAAUUCAACAAAAGCUAUCCAUACAGGUCUUCAUCAACACAUUAGAACCCAAAAUAAUGAAUUUUUCAAUUUCUGUUUCACCACACAGUAUCAACAGUUGGACUGCUACAUCAACUUAACACACUGAUGGAACUAGAAUGGACAGUCUCUAUCAGAAUCUUCCGUAAAACAACUUUGAGUCAUUGAUUCUCUUUCUCUAUAUAAUAUAUAAGAAACUUACAAAGGAGUGUCAGUCCUCAUACAAUUCACAUAUUGUAGAAUAUAGUUAUAUGUAGGUAUAACAAUUUUUAGGUGUCUACAUUUUCUAAAUAAUGUAAAUUUCAUUUGACUAUGUAUUUUAUUAUUUCGGAUUAUUAAAUUACUCAUUUAUUCAUGUAAUUGAACCGCAAGGUUUGUAUGAAUAAUAAAUAAAUGAAUAAAUCAAACUAUUUGACAAUG